AUGUCUCACAUCGACUCGUUGACGUUUAUGAAGGACUCGGACAUCCAACGAUGCUGCGAUCUUGUCAAGAGCAUUCUUGAUUAUGGUCUGAACAUCCGACAACCGAUUGUUAGAGAAGUGCUGGGAUCUUUGAAUCCAAUCCCAACACAUUGGAAAAGGGGUCGAACUGUCAGUUCUGUUGCAAAUACAGAUGAGUUAUUCACCAGUGAUGAUGGAAGGGCUAACAAGAGUUAA